UAUUCAGGGUUUAGCGAGACUCCUCCUCCGUUUCAAGUGUUGGCAUCUCGGCCAAGUCACAGUCAUCGGAUAAUCAAAUGGGUUUCGGCGCGAUUAGAUCGAUUCUCCGUCCAUUGUCGCGAACCCUAGCUUCUCGUGUCGCCUCUAGCUGCUCGUCUCCGCCGUUCCCUGCUGCGAAGCCCUUGUUAUGCUCCUUCUUCGGUGGAUCGAGGCUGCCAUGGAUUCCAGUGGCUAACCAUUUCCACAGCUUGAGCUUAACUGAUACUCGGCUCCCGAAGAGACGACCCAUGACUCAUCCCAAGAAGAAAAGAUUCAAACUUAAACCUCCAGGGCCUUAUGCAUAUGUUCAGUAUACUCCUGGCGAGCCAAUUGCUUCCAACAAUCCCAACGAGGGUAGUGUUAAAAGAAGGAAUGCCAAGAAGCGCAUUGGCCAGCGCCGUGCUUUCAUACUGUCUGAGAAAAAGAAGAGGCAAGCGCUGGUGCAAGAGGCGAAGAGGAAGAAGAGAAUCAAAGAAGUGGAACGUAAGAUGGCCAAAGUCGCAAGGGAGAGAGCUUGGGAAGAAAGGCUGGCUGAGCUUCAGCGACUCGAGGAAGAGAAGAAGAAAUCAAUGUCUUCUUGAAUUGCUUUCACUCAACCAAAAAACAGAGAAUAAAUCUUUCUCUCUUGUUUUCUUUUGACUUAGUGAUUUGGUCCUACUCUUUGUUGUUUUCGAGAGAUUUACUGUUUCUUGUUUCAUGAGAUUGUUGUGUGUUGAGGAUGGUCAUCAUUUUAUCCAGCAAGAGAAGUCUAAACAA